AUGACAGAAAAUACCUCUCUUUCUCAGAGAUCAAUAGAAUACAACAACGCCGGUGUGCGAUGCCUCGAAACUGCCAAGCAUUGCAUCGCUUGGGAUUUGUUCAAGGGCGCACUCGAGGUGAAGUUGGCCAUAGAGCGGACUGGUGAAGCUUAUGCGGAUAUCAGAUCCUACCAGAUGUCCAACAGCUAUAUUGCCAGAGCAGAGGCGCAUCUGAUGAAUCUCGAAUGCUUCCCAAAGGAAUUUCAGUUAUCUCCCCAAGAACAAGAACUUGUGAUUUCUCCAAGAAUGCAGAGCAUCGAAACGUGGGAGAGAUUCUCCAGUGAUGCUUCGCUCUAUACUCCCUUUCUCUUUACCGAUCCCAUGCUGUUGGGUGUGGAUCCCAACAUCACCACAAAAAGAGAAAGUGCUGCCAUCAUAUUCAAUCUAGCGCUCACCGAACAUCUCAAGUCAAGGUCUUCCGAACAAGCCAUCUCUCUCUACGAACUGUCCAUGACACUGCUCGCUGGUGACAACGUGGAGCUUCUGGGUAUUUCAUUGAUGAACAACAUUGGAGUCUGGUGCUAUGAGAAUGGUGACCAAGACGGCUGUGCCAAAUGUAUGGGCCACUUGGUGAGUUUCACCAGUGCGCUAUCAGCAGACUUGGAACCAGAACUAAGGGAAAGUGUCCAAUCCAACAUCCUAUGGUUGGCCCGCCCACCAUUCGCUGCAAGCCCUGCUGCAUGA